UGAGAGAGUGACAGAGAGAAAUGGAGUGAAAGUUUAAAAUGGAGGGAAUAGGUGUCCAGUAUUUGAAAAAUUUCCACAUGAACCUACUUUUUAUGACAGUGCAAUUCUGAAGACUUGAGGCUUAAAAUGAGGCUUCACAUGAAUCGUUACCAAAAUGCUGUGUUUAAAUCAGAUAGUGUCCUUGGUAUGGAUCAACAACAUACUACUGUAUAUCUUCACUGAUAUUUUCAGGGUCUGUCCAUGGACAGUGACAUACAUUUACGUACAUGACAUGAAUGUACAUUGCGAUAGCUCAGGUUCAUGGUUAGCAGUAGACAUGAAUAUUCAUGGCAUCUGUUCACACCCCAACCCUCUGGCUCUCAAUCUCUCUCUCUAUCUUUGCUCUCCACCUUUUCUCUCUCUCCCUCUCUCUCAUUCGGAGAGAAUACUCUUCUGUGGUCAGGAAGUAAAUGCGCCUCUUUAAUGUUUCAACAAAAGUCAUUGCAAGGCGCGUCCGCCAUGCCACGCCAAAAGAGAGUGCAGUAAACAGGGUUAAUAAAAUAAAUGAACAGUGUUGGGUAUACAGAAGUGAAUGGGCAGCACCCAAAGCUGUAACCAACCACAGGAGUCUACCAUGACAGCAUCAUUGUGACCUAAUUCCGAGAUGGAUAACCUGCCCUGCACAGAGUAAUGAGACUGAACUAAGCUGAACCGUAUCUCUCUGCUUAGGACUGAGUGAAGAGAGAGGUUAUGGAGGAGGCUAUGGUGUGCUCUCCUCUCCCAGACCUCAAGCAGCCAAACAGCCAGACAUGCACCUCCUUGGAGCUCCUACCACCGAGCAGGCCCCUGGAGGAGGCUAUUCGGUGGGGAGAGAUGGAGAAGCAGGUGAAUGAGGCCGACAGGGAGAAAGAGGACAACUCUCCUCAAACUGGAAGGAUCUCUGAGGAGCCAGAGGAGCAUUGGGACUCCAUGACUUUACCCGUGUACCCCAUUACCUGUCCCAGUGUCCUUCUGUCCUUUGCCACAGUGCAGUGGGACAUGCCUGACCUUUCCCCUGACACACCCUUCCCCAUGACUGACAAUAGCUUGGCCGAUGAGCUGGAUUCCAGUGGAGCAGCCAGUCUGGACUGGACUGUGAACCCGCUGUCCCUUCACCACCACCACCAACAGCAGCAGCAUCAAUCCUGUGUGACAGGGAUAAACAUAGAGCUGUCUGUCCAGGAGAAGACAGAGAAGCACAAUAGACCGGAACAGCAGUUGCCUCUGGACAGUAAAAACUCCCAUCCGCUGCUGUUGCAAUUCCAGGCAUGUGACACACCGAGCCCAGAUGUGGAGGCUUCAGCACAACAGCUAUUUGAGGAACAUGACUCUCUUUCAGAAAGCUCUCGGCGGCAGGAGACAGAGAAAGAGAUGGGACAGCCUGUGACAGAAGAUACUAUCCCACCCUCUGACAGAGCUCCUAGCCCUGUACAGACAGGAGAGUCAGAGACUGGGCAGGAUAGUGAGAGUCUAGACUCUGUACUGGGAGAGGAACAGGAACAGACUAGCAUAGUGCUAACAAUAACGAUCAAUUCAGAGCAAGGAUCAAGUUCUGCGAACUAUGAGGAGAAGGAACAGGCUGUAACUAAUUUAGUUUAUAAUGGAGAUUGUGACGAGCAGACAGAACAGACCGAGCAGUCAGAGGGGAGGGAACAGUCAGAUAGGGAGCUGGAAUCCGAGACUAUAGAACUCGUAGAGCACCUGUUUGAGCCAGCUGAACUGAAAGAACAGUCAGAACUCACAGAGAAGUCUGAACACAGUUGGCAGUCAGAGCCUAACCACACAAAACAGAGUGAAUACAAAGACAACACCAAGACAACAGAGCAGCCAGAAGAGUCUGAGCAACUUGUAGAGUCCGACCAGGUAGAGCAUUCAAAUCAGUUAGGGGAGGAAGAACAGCAAACUGAAGAGACCCGUUUACAACAGGCAGAACAAUCAGACAAGAUAGACCAGUCAGAGUCAGAGCAGACAGAAUGUUUAGAAUCAAAACAAUUGCAACAGACACAACAUUCUCAACAAACAGUGCACUCAGAGCAGACAGAAUUUUCAGUGCAGACGGAACCACAGACAGAACCAUCGCGGGAGAUGGAACACUCAGAAGAUUCUGACCAGUCAAAACAAUCAGGGGAGACGGAACAGUCAGAGCAGACGGAACAGUCAGAUCAGACAGAUAACAAACCAGUACAUUCAAAGCAGUUAGAUCUAUGUUUCCAUUGCACAGAGGAACUUGAACAGUCAGACCAUACAGAAGAACAGAAACAGUCAGAGAUUGAACAGCCAGCGCAGACUGAACUGACUGAGUUGACAGAAGAGGAUGCGCAAACAGAGCAUUCCAAGCAGGUAGAAGAAUUGGAACCAAAAGAGUAUAAAGAGGAUUCAUGUUUGCCGCCCAGGGAAGGAAGUUUAGAGCAACUGGAGUCUCAGGUACAGCAAACAGAGGCCUCAGAACCAGUGGUGGUCCAUAUGAAUGGUGGAGUUUUGGACAGGGAGAAGGCCUGCAGGCUGGCUGAAAGACUCUACAGGCUGGAUGGGAUCCACAAGACAGAUGUGGUCAAACACCUAGACAAAGACAAUGGCUUUAGCCAAGCUGUUGGGCAGGAGUACCUCAAGUUCUUUGACUUCACCGGUCAGAGUCUAGACCAAGGCCUGAGGUCUUUCCUGAGGGUGGUGGUGCUGAUCGGUGAGACCCAGGAGAGAGAGCGAGUACUGCAGCAUUUCUCCUGCCGCUUCCAGCAGUGCAACCCUCACACCUUCUCCUCUUCAGGAGAAGUACUCACACUCACCUGUGCUGUGAUGCUUCUGAACUCUGAUCUGCAUGGACAGAAUGUGGGUAAAGCCAUGUCUGUGUCCAGCUUCGUGUCCAACCUGGAUGGGAUGAAUGAGGGUGAGAACUUCAGCAAGGAGCUGUUAAAGGCUCUCUACAACACCAUUAAGAAUGAGCCUCUGGAAUGGGCAGUUGAUGAGAAGGAACUGAAGAGCUCCAUGCUGUUGGUGGAGGACGCUAAAGAGGACGCACCCUUGCGCUCCAAGAGCAACCCGUUCCAAGAUGUGCCUCAUGACAAGAAGGCCACAGUGUUCAAACAGGGCUUUCUCAAACGCAAGGCCCACGCUGACAUCGAUGGCAAACGCACUCCUUGGGGGAAGAGAAGCUGGAAGACCUUCUAUGGAGUGCUGAAGGGAAUGGUCCUCUACUUACAGAAGGAUGAGUAUAAUAUGGAGUGGCAGAGUACAGAGGAGGUGGUCAGUGUGCACCAUGCCCUGGCAGAGCAGGCAGCAGACUACACUAAGAGACCACAUGUCUUCCGUCUGCAGACUGCCGACUGGAGGGUCUUCCUCUUCCAGGCCUCCUCCACAGCAGAGAUGAGUUCAUGGAUCAGCCGUAUUAACCUGGUGUCAGCCCUGCACUCUUCUCCUCCCUUCCCUGCUGCCGUGGGCUCUCAGAGGAGGUUCUGCAGACCCAUCCUGCCUGCCUCCCAGUCUGCUCACACACUGGAGAGACAGCUGCAGUCCCAUGCUCGCAUGCUGCUGUCCUUCCAGGAGGACCUGGCCUACCUGCAGCAGAGUCUCCCUGAGAGCCGCAGGGCCAAGGCCAAGGAGCUGGAGGAACACCGUGUCAGAGAGGAGUACCUGCAGCAUGAGAAAUGUCGCUACGAGGCCUACAUCCAGAUGCUGGAGGUCUGGAAGGGUUUGAAUCAGUCAGUCGACACUGAGGUGGGAACCAGCGAGCUCAGCCUGUUUGACAGAGCUGUGUGUAAGGACACAGUGGAUGAAGAGGGAGAGGAGGGAACCCUGAAGAAGUCCCACUCCAGCCCCUCCCUGGAUGUGGAGAUGGCCUUGCCCCACGUGGUCAAAGUCAAACGCAACAUCUCGGAAAGACGGACCUAUCGCAAGAUCGUCAUACCUCGACGCAACCGGGACAUAUGAGAAAAGGUGCCCAAAAGGGAUUAAAAUAUGACUCUUACCAUGAGUUUUUAAAGGGCUCCUUUGAGGACAUAGACACAAUGUGUUACUUCUAAGCACUGUCCUUUUCGUUUUCAUUUUCAGCAAGAAAGCAAAAGUCAUCAAAACAGAAUUAAUCAAUCUCAGGGAUCUUGCUUGUGUCAUUUUCUUUGUUAUAUUUGCUUUACAUAAAAGUAUUUAAUUAAUAUUUGUGCACUUUCUAUUGAACAAAAUGAAUUAAACCUCAGAAGUCAAUGCUCCCUGCUGAGACAGGUCAAGAAGAGUGAUCAUGUUUGUCUCUGAAUGAUUUAAUUCCCUUUAAAAUGCACAUGAACAUACCUACCCCUCUGAAUUUCCUGUGAUAUGUUGAGAUUCGUGUUUAUUUCUAUUAGAAAUGUGUCUCUGCAGUUACAAAAUGUUACUUGUCUGCGCCAUAUGGUCUAUGUAUGCAGUGUGCAAUUGUAACCUCAAGAGGGUGCUAUACAACAACAUAUUACACAUGAAGGCAUGUACAGUUUGAAAAAUCAUCAAAAUUAUGUCAAUAUGCUCAUUUUAGUUCUUGUAUCUUUUAUGUCAUUUCAUAUAAACAUAUUUGGAUUGCAUCUCCAUGAAAGACUAACACUACCAUAAUAUUACACUAUAAGUAUCACAAUUAUUUUCUGA